AGGCUGCCAGUGAUGCCCGGAUCGCCCGUGGAAGUGAAGAUACAGUCCAGGUCCUCUCCGCCCAACAUGCCGCCGCUGCCCCCCGUGAACCCCGGCGGCCCCCGGCCCGUGUCCUUCACCCCGACUGCGCUGCCCAACGGGAUAAACCAUUCCCCGCCGACGCUCAACGGGGCACCGUCCCCUCCCCAGAGGUUUAGCAACGGUCCUUCCUCCUCCUCCUCCUCCUCGCUGACGAACCAGCAGCUCCCAGCCACGUGUGGCGCCCGGCAGCUCAGCAAGCUGAAGCGCUUCCUCACUACCCUGCAGCAGUUCGGCAACGACAUCUCGCCAGAGAUCGGGGAGAAGGUCCGGACCCUCGUCCUGGCGUUAGUGAACUCAACGGUGACAAUUGAGGAGUUUCACUGCAAGCUACAAGAAGCGACGAACUUUCCCCUCCGGCCGUUUGUGAUCCCCUUUCUGAAGGCCAACCUCCCGCUGCUGCAGCGAGAGCUGCUCCACUGCGCCCGCGCCGCCAAGCAGACGCCCUCCCAGUACCUGGCGCAGCACGAGCACAUCCUGCUCAACACCAACACUGCGUCGCCCGCCGACUCCUCCGAGCUGCUCAUCGAGGUGAACGGCAAUGGGAAGAGGCACAGCCCGGACAGGAGGGAAGACA